AUGUCUCACCGAAAGUUCGAGGCCCCCCGUCACGGUUCGCUGGCUUACCUGCCCAGGAAGCGGGCUGCCCGUCACCGGGGUAAGGUCAAGUCCAUCUUCGCACGACAUGGACUCUGGGCGAUUGGUCAUCAACAAGAGGGAUGCAUCGAGAACUCACUCUGCGCGCGCGAGAAAGAGGAGGAGCAGGAAGAGCUGUACAAUAUCGCUGUUGAUAUUGCGCACACCAUUCUUGAAAGCAGAAUCGCUAAUUCAUUGUGCUUCACCAGCUUCCCCAAGGACAAUGCCAAGCAGCCCGUCCACCUGACCGCCAUGAUGGGUUACAAGGCUGGUAUGACCACCAUCGUCCGUGACCUCGACCGUCCCGGUGCCAAGGCCCACAAGAAGGAGGUUGUCGAGGCCGUUUCCAUUAUUGACACCCCUCCGAUGAUCGCUGUUGGUCUGGUUGGUUACAUCGAGACUCCCCGCGGUCUCCGAUCCCUUACCACCGUCUGGGCAGAGCACUUGUCCGACGAACUGAAGCGUCGCUUCUACAAGAACUGGUACAAGUCCAAGAAGAAGGCUUUCACCAAGUACGCCAAGAAGCACUCCGAGGCCAAGGGUGCUUCCAUCAGCCGCGAGCUCGAGCGCAUGAAGAAGUACUGCACUGUCGUCCGUGUCCUCGCCCACACCCAGAUCCGCAAGACUCCCCUCAAGCAGAAGAAGGCCCACUUGAUGGAGAUCCAGAUCAACGGUGGCUCCGUUGCCGACAAGAUCGAGUUCGGCCACGGUCUCUUCGAGAAGCCCAUUGAGGUCAGCAGCAUCUUCGAGCAGGACGAGAUGAUCGACGUCAUCGCCGUCACCAGAGGUCACGGUUUCAACGGUGUCACCUCCCGUUGGGGCACCAAGAAGCUUCCCCGUAAGACUCACAAGGGUCUCCGUAAGGUCGCUUGUAUCGGUGCAUGGCAUCCUUCCCACGUCCAGUGGACUGUUGCCCGUGCCGGUCAGAUGGGUUACCACCACCGUACCUCGGUCAACCACAAGGUUUACCGCAUUGGCAAGGGAGACGCCGACAACAACGCCUCCACCGAGCAGGAUGUCACCAAGAAGACCAUCACUCCUCUGGGUGGCUUUGUCCGAUAUGGUGAGAUCAACAACGACUUCGUCAUGGUCAAGGGUUCCAUCCCUGGUACCAAGAAGCGUGUUGUGACCCUGCGCAAGUCCAUGUUCAUCCACACCUCGAGAAAGGCCCUCGAGAAGGUCGAGCUCAAGUGGAUCGACACCUCGUCCGAGUUCGGUCACGGUGCUUUCCAGACCCCGGCAGAGAAGAAGCAAUUCCAGGGUACUCUCAAGAAGGAUCUCGUUCAGAGCUCGUAA